CUGACAACGUUGCGAGGAGACGAUCGUAUUGAUAACUCUUCGGUCCUUAAGGUUUUCUGGUCUUCCAUGGAACGGAAGCGAAAAUACAACCUAUAUAUUUUGGACCCAACGCACGACGUUCCUGUGCGUUCCAAGCACCGUUCGAAGAAGACAGUUUCAUUGGACGCUUCGCCGCUACCCACACUACAAAAUGGAAGUGCUCAAUCGCCUGAUUUAGUCAGUGUAGUUGCAAGCGAAGAAACGCUCUGUGACCGCAGCCAUCCUCCUGUGAACGAUGACUCCGACUGUUCUGGCAAGUCCGUGGAAAGUGCGUGUAUCAAGUCACCCGACCCAACUGAUGUCGACUCGCCGAACACGGAUACAAGCAGCGAAAGUUCGGACGCGGAAACGAGUGGAGAUGAAGCGCACGCAUGUGAGCCAUCAGACGGAAACGCCGAUAUGGACGAGGAGCUGUAUCCAGGUUCGAAGAUCACCAGGGCAGAGAGCAUUUUGCUGAUUAUGGGCCACAGCCUCCGCCAUGACGCGUCGAAAGAAGCCACCGAGAGCUUGCUUCAGUUAUUGCGCGCUCAUCUGCCGGAAAAAACAGAGCUGCCUUGUUCAAAGUACAAAUUUUUUAGACAUUUCAGCUCUCCUGAGAGUGCAAAGAACAGACAUUUAUACUGUAGCAAUUGUUGCAACUACAUUGGGACUGCUGAAAUGGCAUCUACCGUUUUUUGCGAGCACUGCAAUGUGCAUCAUGACAUCAGUGCACUGCUAAAAAGUUCAUCAUAUUUUUUUUCAUUUAACAUAGAAUCACAAAUCUGUGAUAUUUUGAAAACAGCUGAGGUUGUGCGUGCUCAGUCGUCCCCCUCUUUCGAUGUCACAGACAUCACGACAGGCAUUGGCUACAGAAGUAUUCCCAUGGGUCCUAAUGAUGUUUCGCUGACAUUUAACACCGAUGGUGUUCCACUUUUUGAAAGCAGCAAGUUUGGAUUCUGGCCUCUCCUUGCUCAAAUUAAUGAGCUGACGUAUAAAGACAGGGUCCAGAGGCUCGUCCUUGCUGGUCUGUGGUUUGGGCCCAAAAAGCCUGUAAUGAAUACGUUCCUCCUGCCUUUUGUGAAGUCGCUGAAUGUGCUUUCUUCUACCGGCAUGACAUGGGAAGAUUCACAUGGGCAGAAAAAAAAUAUGAAGGUUUUCCCUGGCCCAUGCACGGUGGACAGUGUCGCAAGAUGUGAAGUUAUGGGCAUGACUCAGUUCAAUGGGAAGUACGGUUGCGCAUGGUGCGAGCAUCCUGGAGAUGUCAUUGCAAAGGGUAAUGGGCAUUGCCGUGUCUACCCAGUCUCCACUUCUGCUAUAAAGCUCCGUACUAAUGAGUCAUUUCAGCAUCAUGCCCAAAAAGCCAGAAGAAAGCAAGAGCAAGUGAGCCGUGGCAUAAAGGCUACAAGUGUCCUCACGCUGCUGAACCACUUUGACUUUCCUACUGGCUUUGUGGUUGACUACAUGCAUGCUGUGUGUGCAGGUUUUGUAAAAGCUACGACAUUGCUGUGGCUAAACUCUAAGAGGUGUCGUAGUUUUAAGCUUCGCCUUCACUUGAGUGAAUUGAACGAGAAGCUGCUCAGCCUGCAACCAAUCUGGGAAAUAUCAAGGCUUCCAAGAUCACUGAAUGACCUGAAACACUGGAAAUGUACUGACUGGCGGAAUUGGUUGUUGUUUUAUUCGCCAAUUGUGUUGGCUGGCUAUGUUCCAGAAAAGAAUUACCGCCACUGGGUCUUAUUCGUUGACAUAAUGUACUACUUGUUGAGCGAUUGCGUAGCCCUUGACAGGCUCAACAUUAUGAAAAAUGAAAUGGUAAAGUUUGUCAAAGAGUACCAGGAGCUAUAUGGCAUAACAAACAUGACAUACAAUGCGCAUCUGCUGCUUCACCUUGUUGACACAGUGAAGCAUUGGGGUCCACUGUGGGCACAUUCAAUGUUCGGAUUUGAAUCUAUGAAUGGAAAGCUUGUGAAAAUGGUCAAAGGGACCAGGUACCCCGAAAAACAGAUUAUUGACAAGUUCUUCCUCAUGCAAGCCUUACCUACGCUUUGGAGUAAUGUUGCAAGAGAAAAUGCACACACUCAGAAUUUGUUCAAGGCACAAAUGAAGGGCUACGAAUUAAGAAAACGAUCUGUGCAGAAUGGGACCACUACAUUCUAUGGUAAAGCAGUGCGAAGUGCGGAUGGCACUCAUUUUCGAAAGAUGAGCAUCGGAAACGUUGCAUAUUGCACUGCGGAUCUGGACAGAUCGCGAAGGGUAAAUUCAUUCGUCAUUAUCAAUGGGUUGUUUGGCCGCCUUCGGGACAUUAGUGUGUACUGCUCACAGGGGCAUGAACAGUGUGCAUGCCUAAAGGAGACAGUGCUCUCUGUUCAGGUGUACAUUGUGAAGCACAACAUGCUUGAGGUGUUCUGCAAGGAUGAACCCUACCAUUUUGUUAAAGUUGAAUCUACUGCUGAAAUCAAGCGUGUGUCACUUGUUUCAGUGGAAAAAUGUCUUGCACUGGCUUCCGAUGGGGAUUUGUUUAUUUGCAGAGUGAGUGAAAAGUUCCUUGCUGAGGCCACGUAGAGGCUGUAUGACAUGGCAUAUCAUGUAAAAAUCGAAGUAUGAGAACCACGAGGGCUCCUUUACCACCUGGCAAGAGUUUAGCGGAAAAAUCUGUGAUGCGUACCGCAAAGCAAGAAGCAGCUUAUUUUUCAUAUUUGCAGCAUUGUUUGCCUUACCUACACGCAGUUCUCGUCAAGUGUACAUUGAUUGUGUUGUUCGUGGGCUUCGUUCCCAAGAAUUAACGUCUAGUCAUGCUAAAAUUAUGCCAUUGCAAUUUAAUUAAUGGUCAUGGUAAAAUAUUAUUGCACUGUACAAAAUGAGCACCAAAUGUGGCGAUAAGUACCAAAAUUUUAUGGACACUAUGUAGACUAUGUUUUGCUUUAAUCUAUGAUUAAUCAACUUUACCUGUAAUCGUUUAUGAGCAUUGUGAAAGAUGGCUUGGCCAUGUGCUUACCGAUAACAUGAAAUAUGGUAGGCAUGCCGUGUCGUGACGAUGGAAACCAGGUCCCAGGAUUGCUGAUUUGUAAAGAUGCGUGCAGUGAGUACACUACUCUGAACUGCAGUUGUCCCGGGGUGUUAUCUAGACAUAAGUCCUCGGACGUCCUUGCUCAGCACAUCAUUUCCGCAUGUACCGAGGGAUGAGUAUGGCAUUAAACGUGGGCCGUAUCCUCCCGCAGGAUAAUUUGCUGGUCGGACACUGCACUCCACGCAUUCGCCCACAAUGAAAUGUAGCUCGAAACACCGUGGACAGCAAAAAUUAAAAUUGCACCACCAUAAUUCAGAGGCCGUACAAUCUUUGCAGAUUGCACCUAAAUAAAAUUGAUUGGCAAAUACAUGUUUGUUGUGGGCAUAAACCUCUCGUGCCAGCCUGAGAGCAUCUCACAGCAAGCCAGCGUCGGGUAGAAGCAAGCUCUGGGGAGAGGGGAUGUCACAGGCAGCCAGCAGGGACAGGCAAAGCGCAGUGACGUGUGCUAGCGUGCCCAUGUGACCCGCCUGAGGGUAAGCGAGCGCUUCGCUUGGACAUGUCCGAACACGUGGUUCCACUCUGACAAGCUGGCGUGCAACUUUCACCAGACAAAAGGCCUGGCGGCAUAGCCACGGCAGCCAUACUGCCAAAUAACGGCGGGCCACUGCACUCGGGGCCCCGUGGUUCUGCCACACGUGCUAGCUGGGUAAACAGGCGCCAGGGUGGCGGUUACUCUCGAUUCCCACAUUGUAAAAUAUGAAGAUUGCUUCACCCUUUAACAAAACUUUGUUUUUCGUUACUAGUGUUUGUUCUCUCCUCACACAGUUGUGCUUCAAUCGCAGCAUCCAUACUCCCCUUGUUGAUACCACUGGCAUGAGGUUCUGAAGUGCUUUUCGUCUGAAGCUUUGUGACCUGUUUGAAUCGAGCAUCGAGGUGAUCGAUUCAAAUAUCAUUGUGUAUUACACUGCUAAGAAGCUUAGUUCAAAAUGUGCUUAGAAAUUUAUUUGUUUUGGUAUUUAUGUAGUACUUCAAAAAAGUAUCACAAGUAUGUCACUUUUGUGUUACAUAUGGCUGUUUAAUAUUAUGUCAACAUGAAGGCUCUUAUGUUUUCAUUGUUUCCCAUAAUUAAUUGAUAAGCAGUGUACAGCUCAAGUCACUGCUCUAAAGUAAUUACCUUUUGUGUUGCACACAUAUAUGCAAAGUGCUCUGCAUCUGUAUAGUUUUUACUUUGUUUUACUUUCUUGGAUGUGGUUUAUUAUGGCUGUGGGGAUUAGCUGUUCCUUAAGUAUAGUAAACUUAUGGGUAUCGUACGUCGAAAUUGCUUAAGAUAUCAAUCACACAUGUGCUUUUCUGAAUAAACUUGUUGAAAAGAAA